GAGGGGCUCGGCAGGCGUGGCCGGGGCUGGCGCCGAGAGUUCAGCGUCCCGGAGCCGCAGCUGGGCCUGAGGGAGGCGAGGCGUCCUCCCCGGGAGGCUGUGCGCACCGUCACUGUGGCUGGCGCGCCCGUCUCCAAACAGUGCGCUUGGAAGGCCUGGGCUAGCCAGGGGGAGGCCCCUGCUUCCUAGUUUCCCCGGCUGUUACCGUCAGGUACACAUUAAUUGCAACAGGAUUUUAAGAAAAAAAUGGCCAGUAGUAAUGCUAAUUCUAACAGUCACCUUCCCUAUUUCUUUGGCAACAUCACACGGGAAGAGGCUGAAGAUCACCUCAUGCAAGGAGGGCUGAGCAAUGGAUUGUACCUACUGCGAAAGAGCCGGCACUUUCUGGGAGGCUAUGCCUUAUCCCUGGUUUAUGAUGGCAAGGUUUAUCAUUACACCAUUGAGGGGGAAAUGAAUGGCUCUUAUGCCAUUGCAGGAGGAAGGUCUCACAGAAGUCCAGCAGAACUCAUUAACUACCACUCAGAUGAAGUUGAUGGUCUUGUUUGUCUUCUCAAGAAACCCUACAAUCGACCACCAGGAGUGGAACCAAAAACAAGUCCAUUUGAGGACUUAAAGGACAAUCUGAUCAGGGAAUAUGUCAAACAAACAUGGAACCUAAAGGGCUAUGCCUUGGAUCAAGCGAUUAUUAGUCAGAAGCCACAGCUAGAGAAAUUGAUUGCUACAACGGCACAUUUGAGGAUGCCCUGGUUCCAUGGGAUGAUAUCUCGAACUGAAUCAGAGCAACGCAUUCUUCUAGGGACAAGGACCAAUGGGAAAUUUUUAAUCAGGGAAAAAGACAUCAGUGGAUCCUUUGCUCUCUGUCUUCUGCAUGAAGGAAGGGUGGUUCAUUACCGCAUUGAUAAGGACAAGAGGGGAAAGCUCUCAAUCCCAGAAGGAAAGAAAUUUGAUACUCUCUGCCAGCUAGUGGAACAUUAUUCUUACAAAGCAGAUGGGUUGCUAAGAAUCCUCAAAGAUCCAGUUCCAAGUCCAAAUUUUCAGCCUAUGAAUGGCAGUUUUGAUCUUGGACCCUGCCCACCUCUUCCUGGUCGUCUCCAGACUUUGUCAACAGGUGGAAUUUUCUCCAGACUCAAAUCAUACACUUUCCCAAAGGCAGGAAGCAAGAAGUUACCUGUACCAAACCGUGCCUACAAUGACGAUACUGCCGUGCCUACAACAUCUAACACUUACGAACUCUCACAAGCAAGGACAGGCUAUCAGAGGGAAGCUUUACCCAUGGACACUGCAGUCUAUGAAAGUCCAUAUGCCGACCCAGAAGAGAUGAAAGCUAAAAAUGUCACUCUUGACAGAAAUUUACUGACUCUGGAAGACCAGGAACUCGGCUCUGGUAACUUUGGUACUGUAAAAAAAGGCACCUAUGAAAUGAGAAAGGGUAAGAAGACAGUGGCUGUGAAAAUUCUUAAGAAUGAAGGUAAUGAUCCAGCCUUAAAGGAUGAACUUCUAAGAGAAGCAAAUGUAAUGCAGCAACUGGAUAACCCAUAUAUAGUUCGGAUGAUAGGUAUAUGUGAAGCUGAGUCUUGGAUGCUGGUAAUGGAAAUGGCUGAACUUGGCCCCUUGAAUAAAUAUUUGAUAAAACACCGAGAUGUUACAGAAAAGAAUAUAACCGAACUGGUUCAUCAAGUUUCCAUGGGGAUGAAAUACUUGGAAGAAAACAACUUUGUGCACAGAGAUUUGGCUGCAAGGAAUGUGCUACUGGUUACACAACAUUAUGCCAAAAUCAGUGACUUUGGACUUUCAAAAGCUCUUGGCUCUAAUGAUUAUUAUAAGGCAGAACAUUAUGGGAAAUGGCCUGUCAAGUGGUAUGCUCCAGAAUGUAUGAAUUUCUUCAAAUUUUCUAGCAAGAGUGAUGUUUGGAGCUUUGGUGUGUUAAUGUGGGAAGCUUUUUCCUAUGGGCAAAAGCCAUACAAGGGCAUGAAAGGAGGGGAGGUUUCUCAGAUGAUUGAAAGAGGAGAGCGAAUGGAACAUCCACCAGCUUGCCCAAUUGAGGUCUAUGACUUAAUGAAAUUGUGCUGGACAUAUAAUGCUGAUGAUCGGCCAGGAUUUUCUGAAGUGGAGCUCAGGUUGCGCCAGUACCACUAUGAAGUUGCCCAGUGAGACUACUGUGACUCAGAUUAAUGUGAUUUGUGAAAGAAGAUACCACAGCAGCAGAUAACAGCCAGGGAUUUUGUCUUUCAGAAUGACUCUCUUGACGGUGCUGCUC